AUGGCUUCACGACUUGUCGUGCUGGCGCUGGCGGGCUCCAUGGCCGUCGCCCAGGACAUGGACGCGAAGCCGGCCGGCCAUGAAAUGACGACGUCGGGCGACAGCAGCCCCGUGAUCACCACUACUGCGCACCUGGCGGCUGCCGAUGCGACGACAGCCAGCCAGGCGGUAGCGGCAACGACGGCCCUGCCCACGGCAAUCAUGCCAUCUGACGUGUCAGACGUGUCGGGCACACCAACGACCUUGGUCAUAGACACGCAGACGCCGCCUUCGCCUUCUUCUAGCGUGAGCUGGUCGAUCACGACCACUUCUGAGACGGGGCACAUGACCAUGAGCCACGGCAACAUGAGCGGCGUGGCGGGGCCGACUGGCGCUGGCUCGGCGUCAAGCACUGGGGGGGUUGACAAUGUCAACGGCGCCGCGCGCAGCGUGUUCAAUAAGGUGUCGAUUGGGAUGCUAGCCCUGUGCUUGGCUGCUAGCGCAGCGCUGCAAAUGUAA